AGUCGCUGCUCCGCCGCCGCCGGCUCAGGUGCCGGUGCUCCGACCCGCCCCGACCGGUGACCGGAGCUGACCGCGGUGGCCGCGCCCUAUGGAGCAGAGCCAGACGAGUCCUGCCAAAAUGGUGCUCUUAUCCAAUAACAUGGCGACUCAGGCUGGUGCCAAGGAGCGCCACUCCCGCCGGCGCCAGAAGGAAAAAGAGCGGAACUGCUGCGGGAUGCCGCCCCAGCACUCGCUGGUCACACCACUCAGCGGCAAACGCGACGUCAGGGCCACCGAGCUGAUGUACCUGAAGGAGCUGAUUCCCUCUCCAGACGAGGAACAGCUCUCGGAGCCGGAGGAGCGUGUCGACCCGGCGCCGGUCCGCUGGGACGCGCUGCCCAUCGCGCUCGAGAUCUCGCGGAGACUGAGGCCGCACCACAAGGACGCCCGGGUGCUCAUCAACAUCCUCACGGCGCAGAAAUUCCUGGGUCUUCUGAACGCGCACGACCGGAUUGCCAAGGAGACCGCACAGGCGAGCGGCCGAGAGGUGACACACAAACCCCCCGACGAGCCGCCCACAGCCGAGAACAUGGAGGCCAUACGCAUGGUGGGCCUCACCAAGAACCCCAACGAGCCGCUGGGUCUAACGGUGAAACAGGAGGGCGACGAGCUGGUCGUCUCCCGUAUCCUGGCCGGCGGCUUCAUCGACAAACAGGGCCUGCUGCACGUCGGUGACGUCAUCCGAGAGGUCAACGGCCGGCCGGCGUACACGCCGGAGGAGCUACAGCAGGCCAUCGGCGCGUCCAACACGGUGACACUGAAGGUGGUGCCCGGCGCGCCGCUCAAACCCGCCGCACCGCAGUGCUACGUGCGGGCCAUGUUCGCGUAUAACCCGAUGGAGGACAAACUGCUGCCCUGUCCGGAGGUCGGACUGCCCUUCGAGUACGGCGACGUUCUGAAGGUGGUGGACCGCUCUGACCCCAACUGGUGGCAGGCGCAGCGGGUGGGCGUCAACGCGCCGGCCGGCCUCAUCCCCAGCCAGGAGCUCGAGGAGCGCCGCAAGGCCUACGUGCCGCCUGAGGCCGACUACGUGCACAAAAUCGGCAUCUGCGGCACGCUGAUCAGCAAACGGAAGCGGAAGCAGAUGUACCGCUCCAAACAGAACAACGAGUUCGAUAAGGCCGAGCUGGUGCUGUACGAGGAGGUGGCGCGAAUGCCGCCCUUCCAGCGCAAGGUGCUCUGUCUGAUCGGCUGCGCCGGCGUCGGCCGCAGGACGCUCAAGAACCGCAUCAUCGAAACGUACCCGGACAAAUUCGGAACCACCCUGCCACACACGUCCCGUCCUCGGCGUGAGGACGAGGAGGACGGCCAGGUGUACCACUUCACCACCCACGAGGCGAUGGAGGAGGACAUCCGUAACGUCGAGUACCUCGAGUACGGCACCCACAACGGACACCUCUACGGCACCAAGCUGGACUCGAUCCGUUCGGUGAUUCGCUCCGGAAAGGUGUGUGUUCUCGACUGCAGUCCGGUGUCGCUGAAGACGCUCUACAACUCUGCCGAGUUUCACCCGUACGUGGUGUUUCUGGCGGCGCCGGGAGUGGAUGACGUGGAAAAGCUGUACAGAGAGUCGGCCACCACGCUACGGAACUCGUCCAGAAGUCUCACGUUUGACAGGAACAGCUCGCGGUACAGCUCCCGUCGAGGGCGUACCAUCGAGUCGCUCAACUCACUCUACGACGAGGAGGAUCACCGCCGGCUGAUGGAGGAGUCGGCGCGGCUGCAGCGCGCCUACGAAAAGUACUUUGACCUGAUGCUGAUCAACGAGGACCCGGACGAGACGUACCGGCGUGUGAUGGAGGCGGUCAUGGCGCUGGAGACGGAGCCCCAGUGGGUGCCCGUCACAUGGGUGUACUGAUACCGUGCACGCCGGGGUACAGAGCCGCAGUGUACUGAGGUACACACGGGGGAUGGAGCACCAGUGUGUACUGAGGCCCUCGUCAGGGGACGGCUCACCAAUCGCUCACCUCUGCUGGCGUGGAACAUGGUAUACACGGCAGCUAGACGGACUGGCUCUCCCGGUGUGGCAGCUGGUGAACUGAGGCUAACUGUGAGAGAUCUAGAGAGAGGCGAGGAGAGUAACGCUUGGGUAGCUAUUGUGUACAAUCUGGUGGCGGCGUGUGAUGAUGGGCAGCUAUCGAAUCUCGAGCCUGUAAGGGUGCGACCCGCGCGGUGGUCAGCUCACGUUAAGUAUUGUAGUGGCCCGGGCUCGAGGCCCGCGGCCUGGCGAGUGGACCAGUUUUGUGGUGAGAUCGUGGAGGUACUUACCAGCGCCGUUCGGCGGGCCACAGUGGUCUGUCCGCCUGUAUUAGGGCCUGACCGACCGGCAGCUAUUGAAACAACGCAUGAUCUGAGAACUAUUCGAACAAACUAGGCCGUAAGGCCCUUCUCGGUAACUAUUCGAACAAUGCUUGAUCUGAUGACUGUAUUCGAAGGAUGACUGUUAUGAUAAUUGUUUUCGAAGGACGUCUGUUUUAAAUCCUGUAUUCGAAGGAUGCCUGUUUUAAUCCGUAUUCGAAGGAUGUUUGUUAUAAUCACUAUUCGAGGCAUAUAUGAGCUCUGAUAGUUGUAUCCGAAGAAUGACUGAUUGUAUGACUGAGCUGUAACAGCGGCCAGCGGGUCCGAUCUGCCGAUUAUGAGCGCGCACCACCGUUACCCUGUCACUGCCUGUCGCCGGCGCGUUCCGCGAGCUCCGGCGAUCCGCGGCGGUAGCGCCGAGUCCUUGUUUGGGCGGUCCCCGUUUCGGUUGCCGCUCCGGGUGUAGGCCGGCUGGCUCCAGUCUCGCUGAGAGACGCGGGCUCAGCGGCUCCCCGGGGCGGCCGUUCAGUUCGUCAGCCGCCGCCCGGCUCGCCCCGCGCCGCGCUUCUCUUGUCUGCACUGUACGGCGGGGGCUGUCCACCACCGACAGUACUCACUGUCGGUCGGACUGCGACUGGGCCGCGUCGUGCCGCGACGUCGGUCCACCGUCGCCGCCGCCCGCCGCUUUUAGUUCGCAGUUACAAUGAUUUUGUCGCUGGAUUAUAGCCACGCUGAGGUCUGAGCGAUGUGAGUCUGUCUGAGCUGGUGGUCAGUUGCGGCUAACGCUUCAUGCCAUGCCGUGUGUAUGUGUGGACUGAGUGUGUAAGAGUCACUGAGCGCGCGGCUGGGCAGCCGCCCGUACGAUGUCAGUUGUUAGCUGUUUAGGUAUAUACUGUAUGCUAUGGAGACGGAUCGUUGCCUGACGCAUAUUGUCGCUAUAAAUCGGCACUCCAAUCGACGAGCCGCCUCGGAGUUAUA